UCAAAACACUUGGCAGUGGGCGAUAACAGCUUACUCGAAUAGCAAAUUUGACCCAAAAUAUUUGGCAAGUGCGCUUCUGACCUUUCGCAAUGCCCUAAUACCGUGAUGAGCCGAAAUUUGGACGUGCUGGACAAGCUGUCCGAAUUUCCACCUCUCAGCCCCGAAGAAGACGAUUCUGGUGUCAAUUUCAUAUUCAAUUUUUUCAAAUUUGGCAAAGAACGAAAUGCAGAGAAUACGAGGGAGACGCCUGAGAGUCGAGAGACCACUCCGAUUGCCGAGGUCGCGCCUCAGCAAACGCAGGAACCAGUUUCUCAGUCCGACAAGAAUGAAGCUCAAAUCACACCCACUGGUUCCAGCAGCUCAGGGUCCAGUCUCAGCGUGUUGUACGAAGACAUUGGAGUCGGGAGGAGCCUACCAAACGUCCUCAAGAGAAUCAGCAAUUUGGUCGCCCUAAAAAACACCGGCCAGCAGUCAUACAAGGAUUCUGACUUCAAGCGCUACUGGAUGCCCGAUUCAGUCAGCAAAGAGUGCUACGAGUGCGGCGAAAAGUUCACCACCUUCCGACGCAGACACCAUUGCAGGGUUUGCGGACAGAUUUUCUGCUCGCGAUGCUGCAAGCAGGAGAUCCCAGGAAGAAUCCUCGGCUGCACUGGUGACCUGAGAGUAUGCACCUAUUGCGGAAAGGUGGUGCUCUCUUACCUGCAGUCGUCUGACAUAAGCGCUGACCUGAACGCCGACCUUCGCGCGUUGCAGGAAGACUUGCAGCACAAAUUUGGAGAACCCGUAAGCCAAAACGUGCAUGUCCAGCACAAUUCACUGUCGCCUGCUGAAAAGCGGUCGCGCCGAAAACACUCAUACCAGGAAGAUAGAUUCGUACUGGGACGGGGAAGCAUGACUACGUCGUCACAGUACCUGACUUCAGAGGACAUGAGAGAGGAUCCUUUCCUUAGCCCCAUUUCGCUGGCUAGCUUGCUGCACGAGUUUAAAGAGAGUGGAUUUACCCUACAGUCACACCUGCUGCAACAAAGAAACCAUGCCAACUGCUUCAAGGGAACCCAGAUGGUUGACUGGCUCAUUUCUCACAACAGAGCAAGCACAAUGGUUGAGGCUGUGAACAUAGGACAAGCAUUAUUGGACGGAAAAUAUAUAGACUGUGUGUCUCAGCCAAACGAUGUAACUUUUCACGACGGCAACGCUCUUUAUCGGCUAGCAAAUGAGCCUGUCAAGCACCACAGCGAUUCAUUUCAUGAUUUAGAGCGAAGCAUCAGCCACACAGAUUCGGACACGCUGAGCAUUCCGUCUUCGUCAUCAACUUACUUUUUGGACAUGGACGUGUCGGAAAACACUGUUCAGCUGUGGAAGCCUAAGAAGGAUGAGAGGAGAGAGCCGAUAGACUACAGCAGCACUUGCAUCUCCAAGGAGUUUUUAAAAGGGACACUGAUGGACAAAAGUUCGGAAAGCAGAGAAAUGGUGCCCUCAAUGGGCUGGCACAAGGUCCAGAACCUUAGGACUGAUAAUGGCGAGAGAGAAUCCUAUGAGAAGCUGACGGAAGCGUUUGAGAAACAUGAAGAGGCCCUUACCCGACAAUUGUUGCAAGCUGAGAGACUUAGCGACGAUUGGAUACCCACUGUGCAGCCCUUGGUACACCAAAUCGUCGAUCUAGUCCGGCCUGAUGUAAAAAAUGAAGCAGAUUUCAUGGACAUAAGACAGUACGUGCAGUUCAAAAAAGUCGCCGGGGGAAGCAGGUCAGAGUGUCGAAUGGUCAGCGGAAGCGUCUUUACCAAGCACGUUUCUCACAGAGCAAUGUCAACGCAACUGACCAAUCCUAAAAUUUUGCUCCUCUCUGGCUCGGUCACCUUUGAGAGAGUCGAGGGAAAGUACUUGUCGUUGGAGCCGCUCAUGUUGCAAGAGCGGGACUACUUGGGCAACGUUGUGGCCCGAAUCGUGUCCUUGGAGCCAGAUGUUGUCCUUGUCGAGAACACAGUUAGCCGCAUUGCUCAGGAAAUGCUCUUGGAGCACCACAUCACUCUGGUUCUGAACGUUAAGACUGUGGUCCUUGAGCGACUGGCUCGAUUAACUCAGGCUGAUAUGGUGAGAUCUGUGGACGCAACCCUGAGCAAGUCAUCACUUGGAAUGUGUCACACCUUCACUGUGCGCAAAUUUGAGGAGGACGAUGGGGAAACCAAGUUUCUGAUGUUUUUCGAAGGAUGCGCGACACAUCUGGGUUGCACAACCCUUCUAAGAGGAGGCUCUCGCUCAGAACUGAAGCGGCUCAAGAAAGUAAUGCAACACUUGAUCUUGGCCAACUACAACUGGCGCCGCGAAAUGUCUUUUCUGAUGGACGAAUUCGCUAUGCCGCCUGCGCCUUUAUUGCCACUGCAAAGCAUUCCAACGCACGAUACUUCCUUAGCCAGAGACGACUCAUUUCCUGAGAAAGAAGAGGAGCCCUUUGUGGAUCCGCUGCAAGCACCAGUGGAUUCUCCAGAAGUGAUCACUGACCCUCUGCAACAGUAUCUCAAAGCAGCCACCUCGUUCGACGAGGAUUUGCAGCAAACUUCAAUUGCCAGCGACAGUGUUCACGCGGAAAACUCGAGAUUUAAAGAGGCACUGGACCAAACCGUGCUCUCCUCCUCGCCUUUAGUAAACUUCAAGGUUCCGUACCUUGAAACGGAGGAGGGCUCCAAGAGCAGGCUCAGGCGAUUCUUCCCAGAGCAUGUAUUUUGGUCUUCAAUCCUGUUUCCACCUUGUCAAAAUGACUGCCUUGAGGUGGAGGAGAAACGGAAACUCGGUCCUCCGUGCUACAUCCGCGACGAGCACCCCCUGGUGCAAGCAAAGUUGACCCAGCCUGCCGACAGUACCGCCGUGCAGACAAUGCUGGCCAACUUUCGAGCCGUCGGAGGCAGGCUCAGGCAUCCAAACGAGCCUCUGCCCGCAAAUUCCUUUACAGAGAAGAAAGCUGAGGCAGAGGACGCGGAAAAGGCGCCGGUCGACGCUCUCAGUCCAUUCAACCACCAGAAACUGGCCGUUCUUUUCUGCAGUUUCUCUCCAGACUCGACCAAUUCCCCAGCUUUUUGCGUGAACCCAUGGAUUGUCCACAUGGAGCUCUAUGGCAAACAUGACAUUCCACUCGGACAGUUUCUGGACGAGUACUGCUUCCGUAGAGCAUACAAUUGCCCAUCUGAGAGUUGCUCCACUCCAAUGCUGCGUCACAUCAGGAGAUUCGUCCACGACGGCAGCUGCAUUCAAGUGACGCUGAAACAGCUUGACAGCCAGAUUCCAGUGGAGGGGAACGCGAUUCUCAUGUGGAGCUGGUGUGUGGUCUGCAAAAAGAACUCGCCAGUGGUACCGAUGUCCGUCGACUCGUGGUCGCUGUCCCUGGCCAAGUACCUGGAGCUGCGGUUCCACACUCCCUGCUACACCAGAAGAGGCAGAGAAAACACCUGUCGGCACUCUUUGCAUCAGCAGCACUAUCAAUAUUUUGGCUACAAAGAUAUCAUCGCCACCUUCAAGUACAGCAAAGUGUUGAUGUGGCAUAUAUCGCUGCCGCCGGCUGUAAUUCAAAUUCCUUACAAAGCCAGCGAAGAAAUCCAGUCUGUGGCCAUUGAAGAGGUCAAACAGCUGGCACUAAAAGGCUAUGAAGUUUUCUCGUCUGUGAUUGAAAAACUCUGUGAUAUCGGGAUUGAGGCUGAUCCUGCUAAAAAAGAUGUGUUGACCAAACUGAAGGCUCAGCUCAACAAGGACAACUCUUGUUUCAAGACUAAAAUCGAGGACAUCCAGAUAAAACUGACUUCCCCAAGGCUUGAUGUAAACAGAUCUGAGUUUGAAGUGAGGGACCGGCUGUGGGACAUAGAGGAUAGUCUUCUGCAGCUGAAGCGGCUUAUAGCUGAAGCAGUUUUUGUGUGGAACUCAAGAAUUGCGGAGGUAGCCAAAAAGAAGGACGACAAAGCAAAGAAGAGCAUGUCAGAUACUUCGAUCGAUGGUGACCCAGCAAGCAGGGAGGCUGCUCCUUCUCCUCUGCCUUUGAGUGCUGACGAAAAUUCUCAGUCUGAAAAUCAGCUGGUCAGCAAUCUUCCGGACGUCCAGCCAAGUGGUUCUGAUGGUGUCCUAGCGUCCAGUGCUGAGAACAUUAAGAAAAUUUCUAGUCUUGACGUUGUAGAAGCCAGCAGCGGCCUGUCGAGUGCAAUCGAUGUGUCUUUCGCCGAGGAAAUCAUUGACACUAACCUUGAAGUGCCUGACGUCGAGUUUGUUGGCGUCCAAAGCAGAGGGCACGAAAGGUCGCACUCGGAAGGCGACGGCAAAAUUCCUUCCACAGUGGAUGGCAGUUCAAAAGCAGUGGAGAAAAAGUUAAAUGUCCAGAACCAGACUUCAGUCAAGCAGAUCAUUUCGCAACUGAUAACCUCCACUUCUAAUGUUUACACCAUUUUGUCUCCUCUUGGAGUAACAGAGCACCAUUUGCUACCACAACCUGCCGGCCCCAUGGUGGUCGUGAACACCAAUGAACCUAGUUCAAUCGUCGCCUACGCUCUCAGUUCUGCAGAAUACCAGAAGAAACUAGCCGAAUACCGUUUGGCGACCAAUGUGGACGUUCCUGUUGCCAGUGAAUUGGUUGCGUCUGGCGACUCAGUGAACUCGACCAAGAGGACUGUGCUUUCAUUUCUGCGCGGUAACAGCAGUCCAAAUUUAAACGCUGGCCGAACAGGAAGCCGCAACUCGGAUGUGGACGCUGCCCAGAACACGUUCACUCCAGAAGAGGUUGGCCUGGAUGAAAGCAAGAGCUCGAAUAAGAGCAAUAACAUCUUAAACACAUCUACUGCUGAGUCUACGAUUGACGUGCGUUUCAAUGACCACUCGACUACCUUCCACUGCCGCAUUUUCCUCGCCGACCAAUUCAGUCAGCUCAGAGAGAUCGUCUGUCCAGAUGGAGAAGACAGUUUCAUCCGGUCCUUGGCUGGCUGUGUCCAGUGGGCUGCCAGGGGAGGAAAGUCUGGCUCCACUUUCAGCAAGACAAAAGAUGAUCGGUUUGUGUUGAAAGAGAUGAGUCAAAACGAGGCGCAGCUCUUCUUGGAGGUGGCGCCGCACUACUUAAAUUACAUCAGGAGUUGCCUUGAGUGCGGGCAGCCGACCUUGCUGGGCAAAAUAGUCGGCGCUUUUCGUAUUUCUAGCCGUGGCAUCAGCAGCAGCACGUCUAACAAGACUCAUUUGCUGGUGAUGGAGAAUUUGUUCUACGGCAGGAGCAUCACACAGCGCUUUGAUCUAAAGGGCUCUGUGCGGAAUAGACUUGUGGAAACGUCCGGCCCAAACGCUCAAGGAGAGGAAAUCGUGCUUUUGGAUGAGAAUCUGAUCAAAAUGUCCUGCGAGGCGCCAUUGUACAUCCAGCCGCACUGCAAGAUGGUCCUGACCCUAGCCAUUGAGAGAGACACGCAGUUUUUAUCGUCACAGGCUGUGAUGGACUACUCGCUUUUGGUGGGUCUUGACGAACAGAGAAAAGAACUUGUUCUCGGAAUCAUUGAUUACGUGCGCUUGUUUACGUGGGACAAGAAGCUGGAGACCAUGGUCAAAUCGUCGGGAAUCCUGGGUGGCCACGGAAAAAUGCCGACCAUCGUGUCGCCUGAAGUGUAUCGCGCUCGCUUUGUAGCUGCCAUGCAUCGCUACUUUCUGCCUGUUCCAGACCAAUGGACCGGACUUGGCUCAGGGGUCUUGGAAAUUUAAAUUAACAUUCCCAGCAAAAUGUAUAUUAUAUUCAACUAAAACAACUUAAAUUUUCUAGGAAAUAAAAAAAAUUGGAAAUUU